AUGGUUUCCGAACCUAUGGGGUGUGUUUUUCGAUGUAUUGGUCACCAAGAAUGUUAUUCGGUAAAUUUUGCUGCGGUUUCACAUGACAGAAGGCAUACGUGUGAGCUGUUGAACGCGGACAAGUUUCAAAACUCCAGCAAUUUUAUUCAUAGCGUAAACUUUGACCAUUACAACAUUAAGAGCCCCUGUAUGAGCAAUCCCUGUCUAGACGGAGCCUUAUUCUGUCGACCAAUUUACCAGCAAGACGAUUAUCAGUGUGUCUGCAAACCAGGUUUUACUGGACACUACUGUGAAACGGAUAUUAACGAAUGCUCCAGUAAUCCUUGUUUAAACGGAGGAGUUUGCAAUGACCAAGUGAAUGGAUAUGUAUGUGCCUGUCUUGCUGGAUACACUGGCCUUCACUGUGGAACAAAUAUCAACGAGUGCUCCAGUAAUCCCUGCUUGAAUGGAGGUACUUGUACUGACCAAGUUGAUGGAUAUGUUUGUUCCUGCAUCGCUAUGUACACAGGACCACGAUGUGAGACUGUUCGUGUUUUGGACAUUUAUAUUCGAAGCGAAGGUUGCGACGAUCCGGGAAAAGGACCCAAUUGCGGCAAAGCUUACAUUAAGGUGGAUGGGACGGAUUAUUCUCUUCAAAAAAGAGGAUUUAACGUUGUUGUUGUGAAUGGUGAAACAGGUGUCUUCCUUGAGGCAAGAUCAUUUGAUACUUAUGCAGAUAGUUCGAGCGGCUAUCAUUUGAGAGACUACCUGAACAGCCUGAGUGGCAAUAAAAUCGUUUUGGUUGCUACUCAAGAUUCAGCCUCCGAGCACAUGUCACCUGCAAUUGACGCUCUCAAGAGACUGGGUGCUACCGAUCCUCUUCAAGGAAACCACCGAGAUUCCUUUGCUUUCGCUGGAUACGCAGGAGUUAACAAACCACAAUGGAUCACACAAAAAAGAGCAGAUAGAUACCUGGGACCCAGUGAAAUAUUUCCGCAAAUACCGCUGUCAAUUAAUCAAUAGAUCGGAACUACUCUAAGAUGAGCGAGGAAACAUAAAGAUUCAAGACUAUAUGAAUCAUUGUAAUCCUCCCAAAAAAA